GUGACCAGCAAAGGGUAUUAGGAACACCUUUUGACGUUCCCGGUCAAAUUAGGCGACCCACGCCCAUAAAUGUUCCAUCAAAUUCUCGAGAAAAUGAAGAUAAUACAAUUGAAUCCGAGGUGAACGUGGAUGACAAUUCUCGUUCUGAAGUAAUUAGGCAAUUCACAGAAUCAGAGACGGUCUUAAGCCAGGACAAUGAUAUUAUUGCAGAUUCCCUCAUGGAGAAAGAGAAUAUCACCGCUAACGAUAUAGGAGAAACACAGUCAGAAGAUUUUUAUAGCAACGCCAAGAAAACAGUCCAACCUGCUUUGCAAUAUUCAUCAAGUCCAAGAGUGAUUUUAUCUUUCACUAGUGAUCCGAACAACCCUGUCGACAGUCAAAAGGUUAAUUUAAAUGUGCUUGGGAAUUCAGAUAAUGCUUCAGGCGCAGAUCGUCCACCAUCCAACGAUAUCACAACGGAGAAUGAUACGGUUGAUGAUUAUCAGACCGAAUCAUCAAAAACACGCACUUCUCGUAAAACUGCCUCUAAAAGAUCAAACCCUUCUGAUAAUGAAUCUGAACCUACAGUGGAAUAUGUUGAAGAAUUGCAAAAAAACACCACGAAACGUCGUAAAAGUUCUAGUUCCGUGGCUUCGGUGACGUCAACUGCAACUGACGGAUCCGGUAUUAGUAGUUCGGCUAAGAAACGAAAACUUCCUAAAUCGCGGAAACCUAAUAAUAAAAAACGAGUUAAACCAUGGGAGGAUGAUCCGGAGGAAGAGAUUCCACAUGAUGACUCGGUUGUCACCAUUGCAGAAUUAUGUAAAGAUAUUAAGAGAGGAAGAAAAUCGACCACCUUUAAAGAAUUAGAAUUAGCUAAAUAUCAAAAGGCGCAACAAAGACGUGCAAAACGUCUAAAGCUCAAUAAUCUUGAAGAAGAAUCUGAAAAGUCAACUCAAAAAGACUUACCAUCUAGUAAUAAUGACAACGAAGAACUAUUAGAGGAUAAUCAGCAAGAUGAAAAUUUCGAAGACGAUCCCGACGAGAAUUUUGAUGAAAAUUAUGACUAUGACGAAGAGUACAACGAAGAAGGUGGAGAAUACGAAAAUGAAGGGGAUGAUGGAAAUUAUGAUCAAGAAAUAAUAGGGGAUCUAGACGAAAAAAAUGAUAGUCAAGAAAGAAACACCGACGAAGCCAACCGCGAAAAUGACAGUGAUAGACCAAUCCUAAUGAAACGUCGUAUCUUUGCAAACCGCGGUAGUCGAUUCGUAAAUAAUGAUGGACAAUAUACCGUUCGGGAAGAUCCUAAAGAACGGCGUAAUACGUUCAAUGCCGAAGGGAUGGAAGUUAUCGAAGAGGAUAAAUUUUCGCACAUUGUAAACUCUCAUUCCUACGCCAAACGUCCGAGAAAAAACGAAAGAUGGACGAACGAAGAAACCGAACUGUUUUAUAAGUCAUUGUCUCAAUGGGGAACGGAUUUUGAGAUAAUAGCUCAAAAGUCUUUUCAUAACACUAAAACGCGUGGACAAAUAAAGAACAAAUAUAAACGUGAAAGAAAAAUGAAUUCCGAGCGUGUUAAUGAUGCAUUGGAUACUCGUAUACCGAUUAAUAUUGAGGAAUUAGAUAUUCAAGUUAUAGAAGAAAUUGGUGAAUCUACAACGACGGCUGUUACAGAUUCACCAAACGAGAAUCAGGAACGUAACGAAGACCAAGAGACCAUGGUUAUAGACGAUGAAGGUCAGGUUGUUGAUACGGGUGACUAUAUUGAAGGAGGGGGUGAAGGUGAGGAUGACGAUGUUAGCAGGACUCCUUCGAUUAUUGGAAAUCAAGGGUUUGACACAUCAAGUUCUAAUGCUGAAGAUUAUUAUGAUGAAGAUGCAGUAGAAUCUAUUGAAAUGAGUUGA